UAUAAAAUAUUAUUAAUUCAAAAAUGAUAAAUGAAGAAGAAAAACAGGAGUACAAAAGCAUGAAAUACUCCACAUCUCAGGCUGGGCUGUCCCAGUCCAAGAAGCAAUCUAUAGAGUUUACAAGGCAUAAGCCUAACAUGAGGAGCACUACCAAGAUCAGCCAAUAUUCCGGCUCAAAAAUGAGGAAACGGAAGAAGAUAAAGGCCAUUCCUUUCCUCAACCAGACUCCUAUAAAAAUACGCCCUUACAGUUCUAACCAAAAAGACCUGAGUGAUAGUAAGAGUUUGUCAAAGUUCAGGGCUGAGAAGAACAUCUUCAGUCAUGUCCCAAAACCGAAGAAAGGGAAAGAACCUAUAAAUUCAAAGUACAAAACUAAAUCAAUGAAGAUAAAGGCUAACAUAAAGGCCCACCAGAGCAAUAGUUCCAAUAAUUCAGAAGUUGACAAUCCGGUCAGAAAGUUAGUCUACGCCUCUUCUGACAUGAACCAUCUCCAUAUGAUGAGCUCUCCCGAUCCGUUCUCUGGCAACCAGAAAACCUUUGAAACGUAUAAUGAGAACCCUCUACAUGAGAAGUUCAGAUCUAAAAGAAUCGGGUCCGCAGCUCCUAUCCAGUCUCCAUUCAAAAAUAAAGACUCAGGAGUAUUCUGCAAUCCUCGCAAAAAGUCAUGAAUGGUCAAAUCAGACAAGACUCUAGAACGAUCUGGUAUUCCAAAAUCUACUCCUUACAAGAAAGCAAAGGAUGUGCUGUCUCAAGGCCCAAACUUCUCAGAUGUAGAUCAAAAUGAUUAUUAUGUUGAAGAAGUACCUGACUCAAGGUUGCCUCAUGAAUACAUGAAUUCUGAUUUCAUUAAAGGACUAAUGACCUUAAGCCCUUCCCAUGGAUUCCAAGAUGAUGACGACUCGCUAAACCUCCUACAAGAAGUUGAUAAACUAAUUGAGGAUGAUAACCAAAAUUAUAUCAAAGAAAAUAUCUUUGGAAAUCGUGCUCGAAGUGAACAGAGGACACUAGAGACGUUUAAUUCACCCACCUACAGCAAUGAGACCAAGGACCGACACUUUGCAAUGAGCCAGAAUAAAUUUAACGAAGAAAAGAAAGCUAGAGAGAUGCUUAACUCUUUUAUGAACAAAAUGACUCCUCUAUCGAUUAGCGAAUCUUCCUUAAAUAGCUACAGCAAUGAUGAAUACGACAUGUUCUCAAAGAAUAGCAAGACACAUGAUAUCAGAACAACCCACCAACUUAAAAACAUGAAAGCUCCCAAAUCCGAAGAACGAGAGGACUCUAUCAAUCAUGCUUACAACCCAAACGACUCGAUAAAUGGUGCGUGCAUCACCGGCAAUUUCGGAGGUACUUUUAGCAACUUCAAAAUUGAGAGCAAAAGAGGGUUCAGUAGCUUCCGCUGUACCAAAAGUAUCGAAAAACUUAUCAAAAAGUUCGAUAUUGAUAUCAGAAGCUCCAUCCCAAACAGCAUAAAACCGAGCUCAAAAGAUAUAAAAUCCCACAAAGGGAAUUCCUCAGUUAUCCAAAGCCAACUCGUCGUUUUUGAAGAAGAGAAAAGGAUGCGGGAAGAGAAGCAGCACAUCUCAGAUAGCAUCAACAAGAUAUUCAGAAUGUACGAGAAAGUGUACAACAAAGUUUUCAAAAAGCAUGCUGUAAAGGGCGAGUUUUCCAAUGCUAAAAAGGACAAUCCAAAGUACACUAGAGUACUGCAAGUCUUUCAUAACAUAAACAAAAUGAUAUGUCAGUAUAACCCAAGCCACUCCAUAUCGCUUAUCAAGCUGUGGAAGCACAAUGAGAAGAUCAAUGAGGCAGUCCAUAACUCUAUAACCGAAGAGAGAAGGAAGUACACAGAACAUAUUAAUCAACACUUCAACGGGAUUUUGCUCGAGUGAAACAAUAUUUUCUCCCUGCUAGACUCCAGAAACCAAGACAUCCUCUCCUUAGUAGAAUACACAGCAGAGAUGAAGGAAGUCAUCGAACAAAUGAACAAGUCCCUUGAACAGAAAGAAAAAUAAGUUAGCAGAAUACGACAAUCUUAAACAUAAGAUUCAAGAGUUUCUACCAAAUUUCGAGAUCUACUGAGAUCACAUGGCUGUGUUGCAAGAUAAUCCUCCAAUGCCUAUCCCUAUGGAUAAAUCCCUGGAUAGCUCGACGCAGACAGAACCAAGGAACUCCCAAUCAGGCUAUAUAAAAUAAACUUUUUCAGCAAGAUUGUGAGAAACUGGUGAAGAAAUCAGAAAUUGAAUCAUCCCGAGCUGACUCCCACAAGGAAGAAUAUGAACACAUCAUCCAGGACCUUCGUGCACAGAUAAAGUUGCUUCAAGAGGAUGACUCGAUCAAUAAGUUCACAUCAGCCAAGGACAAAGGAAUCAAGAAGUGUACAUCUGAUAGCUUGAGAAACAACGCAACAAUUGUGCCUAAGCUAAACAUAGACCUAAAUGAAGAGCUUGAAGAAGGAAAGUGAAGCUCCUACAGACGCAAAGAUAUCAUUCACCUCCGGAGGAAGCCUGAUGAGUUGUCAAAUUCAGGCAAAAAGGAGUCCAAUCGGUCCCACACCACAACAGAAAAUCAGUCAAGCAGCCUAAACUCAAGCCAACAUUUAAAAUCUAGUAAGCGGCCUAAGAGGGUAAUUGUCAAAAAGAAGCUGAAAAAGGGAGGAAUGAGCACCCUCCUUAAAAGAAAGUUUGAUUAAAAUAUAUUUUUCCUCAA